CUUUUUUAUCCUGCUUUGAUGGCUCAUUGUGAUGAAUACAAGGCGAGAAUAGACUCGUUUAAAGAAUCAGUUCAUACUUUAUCCUCUAAUCUAUCAAAUGAAAAUAUCAAGAAACUUGCUCUACUCUUGAACGAAUUCCAUUCAUUCUUAGAUACCCUUCCUGACCAUGACUUGAGCUUGCAACCAGAUAACAAGCGCGAUAUAGUGAUGACCAUGCUACACCUCUUACGAUCCAUAAUCAUCCAGAAACGAAUUCACAUUGACACAAUUAUGGAACCAGCAUUAAAAAUUAUGUACCAAAUUCUAAACAAAACGCUAAUCAAGCAGUUAAUGGCACCCGAGUUUACAAAGCAGAUCUUGAUCUUCUUUGGUAUUCUCAUAUACCGCGAUGAAAACAACAAACAAGCUCCAUGCUCUGAGGAAGUAAAGCACCUGAUUGUAAGAUGCAUAUCCGCUGCAUUACCAGCCAAAUAUAGGGAAGGAAGAUACAGUUCUUUUGAAGCAUCGCCCAAUUUCCUUUUGGCGACAACUAUUAGAGCAGAAUCGUUUUUGCCAGCAGCAUCACAAAGUAUUAAAGGACUGCUUGAUAUAAUCGAACACGACCAAAAGAUGGAAUUGAGAGUGGAUGCACUGACGGCUCUUGAUCAGUACUUGAUUGACAACAUAUACGAUACUGACAGCAUCGCUAAGCUGUUCCCAGGGGUUGCUUCAAAGUUAUGCACGACGUUGAUUCGAAAACCGGAGAAAGAGAAGUAUCAGGUCGUAGUGACAACUUUACACAUUCUAGGAGAGCUGAUUCGCGUGGUGAUGAAUGAUGAAGAUAAUGAGAACUUGGCUGAAAUACACACACUCCAGGAUUUGGCUAUUUAUCAUGGGUCGAAAAAGAACGAGGCAACAAAGAGCAUGGGUAAAGUGAGAGUUAAAGCGUGGUAUGAGAAGAAUAAGGCCAGUUUAGCACCUCUAUUAGACGUUGUCCUGAAGAAUCGGUCAUCUUCAGAGUGGCGAACAAGAUUAGCGUACCUGGAAUUUUCAUACUUGAUACUUUCAACCUGUUCACGCACUUUGGACAGCUGCACUCGAUCGCUUAUACGAGCUAUGGUGUCUUAUCGUGAUGACCCUUAUGAACAGAUAUCUAAUAAAUGUAUGAUAUACAUACAGAACCUGUCGUCUAAUACAUCUUAUGACAGUACUAUAAUGCCAAUCUUGAAGGACGAGCUUUAUGAAUGGAUGAUGAACUUUCCGAAAUACAUCAUGGCGAGAGAUGAGCAGGAAAAGUCAGAAAUUAUAUCACUCAUUGCUGGGCUUGUCUUGACACUUGGCCAUGAAGCAGAGGGCGUUCUUUCGACCGUGUUAGCCAAGUGUUCAGAUGGCUGGAUGACCGCACUAGAAAUUGAUAAGGACAGUUUACAUGUGUUGGAAGGCAAGUUCAAUCAAAAAUAUAUUGACAUGGAUGAUAUGAAGCAAACAACACCACUGUAUCCAAAGAUACGGUUCAAACAUAUUGUCAGUGAUUCUGUAGUAGAAAAACUGUGCAAAAUGCUCAAUACGAUAGGAAGACACUGUAACAUUCAAAGUUGGGUGCAUCAUUAUAUGCGUUAUGUGUCGACUGAUAAUCUUGGGAACAAUGAGCCACAAUCCAUCUACAUUGUGCAUUUAUUAUUACAAGGUGCUAUUGCAACAAGUCAUCAAUUAGAAAAUGAUGUAGAGAAUUGGAUAAAUUAUGACGAUCAAGCACUGGAAACAACAGACUCUUUAAAGACGAUCGUCAAUCAAGUGACAAAUGAUAUUAUCAACUUGCUUAUUUUCUCUGCUUCUGAAUCUACGAACGUCGAGACAUCCAUCAUAAAAUCAGGAGCAUCUGAACAUGCCGACGACAGCUCCUAUGUUCUCACUAUCUGUUUUGGAUUACAGAUGAUUGGUUUAGCCACAUCGGUUAUCGAUAUGGAAGAUCUGCAAGAUCUACUCAUCACCGCAUUAUAUCCUUUAUUAGCGCAUUUAGGGUCAUCUAAUCUUUAUAUACACACAUACGCGCUUAUCACACUAAAUAUAAUAGCCAUAGCUUGCGGGUUAAGCGAUGCCAAAGAGUUGGCCAUAACAAACAUUGACUAUGUGAUCAACUCAGUAUCCCAUCACAUUGCUGUCUUAUCAUCUCAAUCUCGAGUGCCACUCGUCCUGAAGGCUUUGAUUCAUAUUAGCGGCUCAGAUUGCAUAAAAUACCUUGACGAUAUUGUAGAAGAGAUAUGUGAUGCUCUUGACAGACAUCAUCAUGAUCAAAAGUUAUGUCUGGGGCUUUGUGGCGUAUUGUUAGAAAUAGUUCAAACAGUAGAAAAAGAUUUCCUUCCAGAUAAAGAAAGAAACGCAAGCCCAAAAUCAGAAGGCGCUGAGGUUUAUGAACAACCUAUGGUUAGCAAGGAAAUUUACUCUUUUAUUUACGAACAAGAUACAAUGGGAAACAUGGACGACGCCUACAGAACAAUGGAAGAAAUUGGAAAAUACUUUUUGGACAGACAAAAGCAGGAAACAAACGAAGAGAUCACUUUGAAGCAAGCAAUCAAAGAAGGAGAAGGUUAUAAACAUGAAAAGAAGGAACAAGAGGAUGAAAAGGAAGAAGCACCACUGACGCAUCAACAAACGAUGGUUGUAGAUAUUAUGAAGAAAUGUAGUCACUUUUUAACAGCACCUUCAGCACAGCUUCGAUCACAGAUACUACAGUUACUCAGUUCUGGAGUGUCUGUAUUAGCAAAUCAACCAAAGACGCUCAACAUGCAAUCGCAUGAAAUUUGGCCCUAUGUUAUGAAUCGCUUUGGCGAUAAAGAAAACUAUGUAGUGUACCAUGCGGCCAUCUUUAUUGAAAAGAUCUCGGCUGUAUCAACUGAUUUCCUAUCAAGAAAAUUCGCUGAAUCCAUAUGGCCUCAGUUUAAAGCUUUGCUACGAAAAGGAUCUGAUGUAUCAAUGGCUAAUGCAACGUCAAAGAACUAUUCAAUUUACUCCACUUAUCAUCGUACCCAAUCUUGUGUCUUGAAAUCUUUAGCGAAUAUACUCAAGUAUGUACCCGUAAAGCAACCAUUGGCAAAAGAAAUCUUGGAAGAAACCAAAUUUUACUAUUCUUAUUCCAACAUUCAUUUACAGCUAAAGGACCUUUGUAUGGCACUUUUUGAUUCAUUAUCAAGGCAACAACCAGACUCUGUUUGGCUAUAUCAGCUUCUGUUAGACUCACAGUUACAGCAUAGACUGAGUUGUCCACCAUCUGCCUUGCUAAAACCAUUUGUGAUACCAGAAUGGCUAACAUAUAAAGAUGUAUCGUUACAAAAAAAGAGGGCCUUGCUCUUUUAAUAAACGUUUAUGCUGUAAUAGAAAAGGAUGUCUCUCUUUAUUCAGUAAAAUGACUUGGAUCAGUUCAAUAUGC